UAUUAUGUUUUCAAACUCGGUUAGGCACAGAGUUUUUUUGGAGCUGGAUUUGUGUUUCUAGAUGACUUCACCGGGCCAUGGCCAGCCGCGCCAAGGCUUAUUAACAGGCGCGCCCAAAACCCGUCUUCCGAUCGCUGAGUUUACUUCGGUGAGUCUCCCCGGCGCUGUCCCAAAACCCUAGACCGCCAACGAACAACUAUGGAUUACAUUCCUGGCUACAAGGUAAAUGCUUCUCUCCAUCUCUCUUUAAUGGAUUACUAUCGAUGGGAGGCUGAGGCCGAGUCAUGAUCCAAUAGAAGGGCAAAGCAAUCGGUUGGGCUUUCGAGGGGGGGAGGGCUUCAAGAUGGGCCAGCCUUCGGUGAUUCUUGCGACGGCUGGAUAUGACCAUACCAUCAGGUUCUGGGAGGCCAAGAGCGGCCGGUGCUACCGCACCAUUCAGUACCCCGAUUCCCAAGUCAACAGGAUGGAGAUAACCCCCGAUAAGCGAUUCCUAGCUGCAGCUGGAAAUUCUCACAUCCGCCUUUUUGAUGUUAACUCCAACAGCCCGCAACCCGUUAUAAGCUAUGAUUCUCAUACUAAUAAUGUGAUGGCGGUGGGAUUUCAAUGUGAUGGGAAUUGGAUGUAUUCAGGUUCUGAAGAUGGUACAGUAAAAAUAUGGGAUUUAAGGACUGCGAUUUGCCAACGAGAAUACGAAAGUCGGGCAGCUGUUAACACAGUGGUUCUACAUCCAAACCAGAGAGAAUUAAUAUCUGGUGAUCAAAAUGGAAAUAUACGGGUGUGGGAUCUAACUGCAAAUUCAUGCAGCUGUGAGUUGGUACCGGAGGUUGAUACAGCUGUGAGGUCUCUAACAGUAAUGUGGGAUGGCAGCAUGGUCGUUGCUGCAAAUAACCAUGGAACAUGUUAUGUUUGGCGCUUGCUCAAGGGAACACAGACAAUGACAUACUUCGAACCACUGCAUAAACUACAAGCACACGACGGCUACAUCUUAAAAUGCUUACUUUCACCAGAAUUCUGUGAUCCUCAGAGGUAUCUUGCCACUGCAUCAUCUGAUCGUACUGUCAAGAUAUGGAAUGUUGACGGUUUCACCUUGGAGCGAACUUUAACAGGACACCAGCGCUGGGUCUGGGAUUGUGUAUUCUCUGUGGAUGGUGCUUAUCUGAUAACAGCUUCUUCUGAUACUACUGCGAGACUCUGGUCAAUGUCCACAGGGGAAGCCAUCAGAGUGUAUCAAGGGCACCACAAAGCAGCUGUCUGCUGUGCUUUGCAUGACGGUGCUGAAUCACCACCAUCAUGAUCCUAGUUUGUGUACAGAUGUCACCCAUGUGUAAUAACAUUUGAUAAUUAUAUCCUGUUGAUUGUUCUUGGUCUUUUUAUUUUUUCGGUGUCAUGAAGUCUGUUCUCAGUCAAGUUUGCUAUAUCUUUGCAUCGUUUACUGCUCUAAGUUCAUGCUUGAUCGUUUUUUGUGUUCUCA